AUGACAACAGCAGUAAGUAUACCAAAAAAGAUUGAGACACCAAGUAGUGGUGAUAAACUAAAAGUAACGACAAUUGUAUCAACGAAAAACGUGAAAGCCACGCAAAAACCAACUUCGGCUUCAUUGCGUAGAUCGAUCUUCAAGAAGAAAACUAUGGCGUCCGCUAUACAGGAUAGAAACAAAGCAUUACAAUUAAGAAACAAAUUUGCAUCACCUACAGAUAGACUACUAUCACCAUGUUCACAGAAAUUAGCUGACCAUAAAUCUAAGUUUUUAUUGAAUAAAACAAAUCCAACCAAGUUGAAUUUUGCUACUCCUAAUAACAACAAUAUUGAUUCUGAUGAAGAAUAA